GCUUGGAAGCAAAACACAUUUCCAAUUCGUACGUACUUGUAGUUUCCAUGGUAACAGUCCUUAGAAACCAGAUUGCUCUGGACUGCAGCAUCGGAUGAAAAAAAAGCUUGUUUAACAUUGAGACCGCAAUGUAUGUUUGCGUAUUGAGUGGACUGAUUGAUUAGCUCUCCGUGUUAACAUCUGGCUUUGCAUUUUUUUGCAAUGUGGACGGGUUUCUGGUCAGCGUUUGAUGCAACCUGUCGGGCCUGAGAAUUUCUGAUUCCCUCAGCCAUCAAUGUCAAAUGCUGCAGUACCGAGCCCGAAUGCCAAAGUGUCGUCUCAUGGAGGUUUAGAACAUCACCGAUCACAAUCAAAAUGUGAGCCUGUGAUCAAAAUCAGGCCGAGUGGAACCACAAUUAAUCCAUCCAAAUACUUUCUGAAAUUGCCAUUUGUACAACUAAACGCUACCUGAAUGGAUACCCAACCGUAUUUUAUAAAAUAAAAGCUCCUUUUCAAAAUGAACUCAAGUCUGGAAUGUAUUUUCCCUGUGCUCACCGACUGCUUUCCAGGCAAGAAUCAAACGCAAGUGCAAACAGCCAUCCACAGGGCCACACUGGCCACCUGCACCCUUUUGCUUAUCCUGGUAUUCUGCCUUGGCUCCUACGGGAAUCUAAUUGUCUUCUCGUCCUUCUUCAAUCCAUCUUACAGAAAAUUCCGGACCCAUUUUGACUUCAUGAUUCUGAACCUGUCGUUCUGUGACCUCUUCAUCUGCCUCGUGACCGCCCCCAUGUUUGGCUUUGUGAUGUUCUCCAAUGAUGGGAGCAGCAUGUCGGACACUUUCUGCUUCACCUUCCACCUCACCAGCACAGGGUUUGUGAUCAUGUCCUUGAAAACGGUGGCGGUUAUUGCUGUCCACCGCCUGCGUAUGGUGCUGGGACAACAGACGAACCACUGCUCCUCCUUCCCCUGCAGACUCUUUUUCACCAUCAUCUUGUGGGUCAUUAGUUUCACCUUGGCCACCUUGUCGGCCAUGACCAAGUACCACAGCUCCAAGAUCUGCGUGCCGCUGCUGGGGCUGAUCAACGAAGACGGCAAGGCCAUCCUGUACACAUACGUUGUGGACUUCACCCUCUGUGUGGGCAUCGUGGCCGUGUCCUAUGCAAUGAUCGCACAAACUCUGCACAAGAAUGCACAGAUACACCGGUGCCCCGUAAUUACCGUGGUCGACCCCAAAAACCCUGACUCCUUUCUCCCUCCUGAAGGCCCAUCUUUAUACAGAAAACAGAAAUCCAACAAAGCACCCCAUGUCCAGAUACAUCUGCACGCCUCCGUCCAAAGUAAAAAUGCUGUUACUUCCAAUAAAAAGCUUGAGCAAACUGUGAAUCUUUCCGCUGUUAAGGAUUCCAAAGCUGUCGUGACUUGUAUUAUGAUACUACUAUCAGUGGUCUGCUGUCUACCACUGGGUAUAGCACUGGUGCAUGAUGUCUUAUCUUCAGAAAACAGUUUUAUCAUCUAUCAGUUUGAGCUGUGUGGAUUAACCUUGGUGUUUUUUAGGUCAGGCCUCAACCCGUUUAUCUAUUCACGAAACAAAUCUGGCCUGCGUAAGAAGGUGGCUUGGUGUACGCACCUCGUGGCCCUGCUGCUGUGCUGCAAGCAGAAAACGAGGCUGAAAGCAGUGGGAGAUGGCAGCCUGGUUGCGAACAGGAACAAGUCUUCUCACCACGACACCAACUCGGCGUAUAUCCUCUCUCCCAAACCGCAGAAAAAGCUUGUUGACCAGGCCUGUGGUCCGAGUCAUUCAAAGGAUGUCUUUGCCUCCGUCGAGCCUCAACAAAGAGUACAAAGCUCCACGACACCUAUCAACACUAGGACAGAGCCCUAUUACAGUAUCUACAAUACCAGUGCCCUCCAAGAGAACAGCACUCCAACACGCCUGCAGCCCAAAAGGCAAAACUUAGGGUCAGCUCAGUCCUAUACUGGAAUGUACUACCACAUCUCAAAGACAUCAGAUUUCAUGCAGGACUAUGACAGCACCUCUGCCAAACGUAUUCCUAUUCCAUCUGUCUAAACCUGCCACCUGUCUAUGUGAAGAGUAAAACAGGAAUGGACAAAUUUCCCGUGGCAAGAAUGUUUUUGCUAGAAAGCAGACCUCUCUAUUAACAAUUAUCAGCAAUAUAAAGUCUGUUUCCUU